AUGUUCAAGGCUCUGAUGGGCAGUCGGUCAUCGUCGUCCACCGACGUGCGCUCCAAGAGCCGGCGCAAGACCGACAACUCCGACGCCAAAUCGACCUCAAGUCGCAAAUCCUCACGGGGUGACGACCGUGACCGCGGCCUGGGUGAUUUGUCCUCGUACUCACCAUCGGGCUCCCGCAGUAAGCGUGGGCCGUCUAGCAUAGCCGGCGACUCCAUCGCUUCCAGCUAUGUGACCGCAGAACCGGAAGCCAUUGAUGAUUCCGGUCGCUAUAUCAUUGAGCGCACCCCCAAACGCAGAGACAGUGACCGGGAUAGCAAGAGUUCUCGCCGCCGCGAACGCGACCGAUCCGUGAGUCCAGAUCGGGAGAGGAGAAGAAGCCGACGGGCGACGGAAGAUACUCUGGAUGAUGACUUGGAUCUGGAGCGGGAGCGCGACCGCCGUGAGCGUCGUCGCACCCAGUCUGGGGACCCUUAUGUGCCUCCGGUCUCUAUGAGCAUGCCGCCUAGCGCCCCCGCCGUACAGUUUGCCACCGACAUUGCGGCACCAGGCUUCUCACAGUUUCCCAUGCAAUAUGACACUGGCAUGCCUCCUACCGGCCAUUCACCAGAGCAUGAGGUGCCUUAUGAUCCUCAUGUCCAGCAACAAUUCCCGGGUCAAUUCCCAGAGGGUGUUGCGCAGCCGUACCUGCCGAUGAAUCCUGCCGGCGCUGCGGCAGACUACUACGGUGACCAAGGUCAGUCUGUAGAGAUGCAGCCCGGUGUUCGCCCGGCGCCUCCAUCUGUGCUCCCCAACACUCAAGCACACUUGAUGGCCGCAUCUCCCACGGCCAAUCCUCCCCCAGAGCCCAGUAGCAUGGGUCAGACUGGUGCGGCGGCGGCUUAUUUUGAGGAUGAUUUCCAUGUCCCUGCGCAACCCGCGAAGCCUCCGUCGGCGUCUUCAUCCAGGCCUCCCAAACCCUCGAAUCCUUCGAAACCUAGCAAGCCUUCUUCAUCGAGCGUGCUUCCUGCUGCAGCUGUUGGAGCCGCUACCUAUGGGAUUAGUGGCAUGAUGUCUCACUCUCACAACGAUCAACACUCUUCGUCUGAGGUGCAUCACUCUAGCUCUUACAACCAGCCAAUGGCCCAACCUAUGAGCCAACCUAUGAGCCAGCCAAUGACCCAGCCGAUGGCAAGCAGCAGCCACAAGCCUACACACAAGCCUCCUCACUCGCACAGCUUCAGCGAAGGAGUCGGCCUCGCAGCUGCUGGUGGUGCGGCUGGAUACAUGAUGGGUCACCAUCAUCACUCCUCGAGCCCGGAGCACGCUUCGCAAUACAGCUUCCAGAACUACGAGGGCUCGUCUCAAGCUGGUAUCCCACCAUAUGCCCCCGGUUAUCCCAACCACAACCACAACCACGCCCUAUAUGCUGCAGGUGCAGCAGGAUACGCUUCCAAUGCUGCUCAUAACCCCGGAUUCUAUCCUCAUGGCCCCGGUGCGCUUGCUCUCCAAGAGCGCCAACGUGGGCCCCUCGGACGGUUCGUUGAUUUCUGGCGGGAUCCCGAGGCCGUUGGAAGAUUCGAGGACUACACGGAGACAAUUGGCGUUUGCAAGUACUGUUUCCAGCCCGGAACGAGCUCCCUGGAUGCACCUCGCAAGCAUCACUAUGGCAGACGUCGCCGGCACUCCGCUGAUCGACACAGCAGUGCCAGCUCGUCUAGAGUGAGCAAGGUCAGCCGUUACCAGUCAUCUGAAGACGAAGGCCGCCGACGUAACAAGUCCAAGAAGUCCUCGUCAUGGCUGCCUGGCAUGCUGGCUGGCUAUGCGACCAAGUCACUCUUCUCGAACAAGGAGUUUGAUGAUUCGUACAGCAUCCGCUCUGGCCGAGUAGCUUCCUCUCAUGACGAAGAUGACCGCAGGAGCUACACUUCUCGUGGCGUGACUCGCCGUUCUGGUCGCAGUCCCCAGAGAGAUUACCAAUCGGACAGUAAACGCCCAUCCGGAUACUCGAGACGGACACGCUCCCGAUCCCGUUCUUCAUCCCGUUCUGAGCGCCAUUCAUUCUUGAAGGAGGCUGCCCUGGGUGCUGCAGUUGGUGGAGCUGCGUUGGCUGUUACCAAGUCGCGUAACCGCUCCCGCAGCCGGUCUCCUGGAAGAGAUCAACGUCGCAAGGAUUCAUCCUCUUCAUCGUCCUUUGUCAACGUCUCUCGCCCCUCGAAGAAGUCUGUCGCCGGUGGUAUCGGCUCUUUCUUCACUUCCUCAUCGGAGAACCGGAAGAAGCGUCAGAGCAAGAAGCGCAGUGGUUUCUUCUCCUUCAAAGGUGGUUCGUCAUCUUCUUCGCUUGAUAACGAUCUUGCCUUUGGAGAUGGGUUUUCCAAGAAGUCUUCUAAGCUCAAGAAGAAGGACAAGAAGGGCAAAGAUGUCGAUGCCGCUUUGGUAGGACUUGGUGCUACUGCAGCUCGCCUGGCUGGCUCCUCGCCUAAUGGUCCUAGCCGCAGUGCAGGCCAGAUAUACACCAAAUCCCGUCAUUCAAACUACGCUUCCUCUGCCAACGACGACGAGUGGAUCGAUGAAUCCGAGGACCAGUCUGCCUCAAGUGUCAGCUCCGCGCUAGCAUUCGGAGCAAGUAGCGCUGAUUCAUCCUCCGACUCAAGCAGUCGUUGGGGCUGGCGAUGGGGCAGCAAGAAGGACAAAAAGAAGAAAGACAAGAAGUCCAGUCCCACCAACGCUGCACUCGCAAUUGGUGCUGGUGCUCUCGGAGCCGCUGCCAUUUCUUCUGCUCGUCACCGUGAUAGCGAGCCCCCAAGCAGCUCUGGCAGUCUCCAGCAAGUCUAUCCGAUGCCCACUUCUGACCCAUCUCGCUUCGAUGUUGCCAAGAUGUCUCCUUCUGUGUCUGGUGGCCACCCGGCCCUCGUCCGUCCUGGACCUAUUCCCCUCCAGCAGCCGCAGCCUGUCACCCCUGUCUCGCAAGCCGUGUACACUACCCAAGGAGGUCUGCCAGGAUCGACCCCUGCCUACAGUGCACCAGCUGUUCCUCCUGCCUUUGCCGCGAACGGAUUUGGACCACAUGACGCUCAGCUCCACGACUCUCGGGAUGCCAUAUGGGCCCCCGAAGUUCCACAAUCCGAAGGUCGCAGACCCCAUCGACGCAGCGACUCCUUCCCUGUUUUCCCUACUCAGGAAACUGCUUCUGGCUUGAAGCGCCGGUCAACCACCAAGGACCAGGCUUCCGUUCAAUUCAACUUGACGGAGGAGCAAGCAGAAAGGGAACGCCGCCUUGAUCGCCGUGACCGGAACUCCCGAGAUGAUUUUGUCGACCCGCAACCUCUUCAAUUGCUCGAUAGAGAGGACGAAGAUCGCCAGGAGAUCGAACGUCUUGUUCGUCGCCGCAGGGAGCGAGAGGAAGAAGAUCGCCUGGAGGCUGAACGUCUUGACCGUCGUCGCAAGGAGCGCGAGGAUGAGAAGCGCCAAUACACCACUGAAAGGGAGAAGGACUCCUCAGCUUGGGUUGGAGUAGCCGCUGCUGGAGCUCUUGGCGCUGCCGCUGCUAGUACCGUUCUUUCUCGCAAGACGGACGACGAUGAAGCCUCUGAAGCCAGCCUGCGACGCAAUGAACGCCGGGAGAAACGCCGUGCUGAGCGUCGCCGUGAUGGUGACAUUGAUGCCGAGUCUUCACUUGUGUCAAGGUUCGAGCCUGUUCAGCCUAUUGAAGAAGCGCCAGCGGUGGAACACCGCGAAGAGAAGAAGCCACGCUCUCCUCGCCGUGCUUCUCCUCGCCAACCCCAAGUUUACGAAGAUUACGCAGAGUUCUUCGCUCCCGAAGAGCUACGACACAGCCCUGAUGACCAGAAGCGUAGCGGCUCUGGCGGUAUGCCCACGAUUGUGGAAAUUGAGCCCGCCAGUGAGCGCCGUGCUCGCGACGAAAUUCCACGCGAAGAGCCGGACUAUUCGCACGAGCCUUACAAAAAUGUUGACCACCUCCCAUGGCCAGUUCCCCGCCUCAACUUCAUUGAGCCGACUCCUCCCCAGAGCAUAAAUGGUGGAUCCGUUCGCGAUGCUACUUCCCCCAUUGAACCACCUGUAGAUACAUCAUCCUAUGAUACCAAGCCUCGAGAACGAUCAACCACUGGCUCCCGCGUCUCCUGGGGCGACGACAAGACCCAUGAAUACGAGAUCCCAUCUUCUUCCGAAAAGGAUCCCCUGGAGCAUGACGUCUCUCCUUAUGAGGAGGUCUCUCCCAAGGAUGUCCCACUGCCUGUGUCUGAGAUCAGUUCCACCAGGGAGAUUGCUAGCAAGCCCGAAUACGGAAACGACAUCGAAUUCGCCGCCACCGUUGCUGCCGCGACCGCCGCUGCUGGAUUUGAUCCCGCUAUGAUUACCGAUGACCCAUCCUACCAUACCCGCACUUCUCCCCCUGGAUCAGAGGAUGAAGGACGUUUCAAUUCAUCCUGGGUGACAUCAGCCCGCAAGGAGCCCCACGGCUUCGUUCAAGAGUCCUUCUCGAAGAAUAACGAUAUUUCCUUGGGACGCCGUGACAAGUCCUCGAUUGCCCAGGAGGUUCUUGAGCGGUUGAACGGCAAGCGUGAUAAGCAAGAUCAACCUAGUUCUCCGGAGCGUGAUGUUGAUAUUGAUGCCUUUUCCAUGCCUGGUGGCUUUGAUGCUGCUGAUUCGAAAGACCUCGUUAAUUCCCGUGAUGAAAGAUCUGUCUUCUCUGCCCCUGGCCCUGUUACUCAAGUACCCGAGUCGCCGACUCAGUCCAAGAAAUCCAAGUCCAAGAAGAAGUCUAGAAAGAGUGUUGAUGCCUUCGAGAUUGAGACAAAGGAACGUGAACCGGAACCAGAACCAGUGCGUCAGUCUGAGCGGGUGCCAGAGUCUGUGCGUGAGCCCGAGCCCGAGAUCAUCGAGGUUCAAGACGAAAACCGCUCUAUUGUUUCUGCCCCCGCUACCAAAGACGAGAAAUCCAAGUCUAGAAGAUCCAAACGCAGCGGUGAUGACUUCGAUAUCGCCCCAUUGCAGGACGUUACUGAGUCUCGCGAUGACACCCGCUCUGUCUUCUCUGUGCCUGUCACGAAGGAUGAAACAUCCAAAUCACGGAAGUCUCGAGGCAGCGGUGAUGAUUUCGACAUCUACAGAUCGCGAGAAGUGCCUGACUCCGGAGAGCCUUCUCCCCCUGUCACUGCUGCUCCCGUAUCCAAAGAUUACGGGUCUCCCAGAUCCAAGACAUCCAGACGAAGCGGCGAUGACUUAGAAAUUGUCUCAUCCCGAGAUAUUUCCGAGUCUCGUGAUGAUGGAUCUGUCUUCUCUUCCCCUGCCACCAAGGAUGAGACCAGCAAGUCUGGGAGAUCUAGACGAAGUGGUGACGACUUUGAAAUUUCUCGUUCGCGCGAUGCGGCUGAGUCUCGGGAUGAUACUCGCUCUGUGUUCUCUGUUCCGGCUACCAAGGAUGAGACCAGCAAGUCAACGCGGUCUCGACGCAGCGGCGAUGACUUUGACAUUUUCCGCUCUCGCGACCCAUCUGAAUCUCGUUCCGUUACGUCGGAGUCGGCUAGACAUAGGACAUCGCGCCGAAGCGGCGACGAUUACGUCUCCCGAUCACGCGACGUUUCUGAGUCCCGGUCUGUUGCUUCUGAGUCUUCUAGACACAGAAAGUCUCGCAGAAGUGGUGAUGACUUUGAUCCUCCCCGUGACACUGAAACCCCUCCGCCCGAAGACGGAGAGGACGGCGAGGAGAAGAAGAAACGCCGGAAGCGCCACUCCAGACAUGGCAGCGACACAUUCUCCAUUGAUGACGAUGCUCGUUCUGCUGUCACAGAUCUUGCGGACGACAGGUCUGAGCGCCGCAAGCACCGUCAUCGCUCCUCGCGCGACAGCAACUUCGAUGAUACUGCCUCUGUAACGUCUUCUCCUGCAAGGAUUAGCGAGUCCCGCGAGAGACGUAAGGCCAAGGAUGAAGAAAAGGAGAAGAAGCCGGGUGGCUUCUUGAGAAGCAUCUUUGGCUCGCAGGUCUCAGCUCCCGCGGAGCGUACCCGCUCAUCCUCGCUGGAUAAGCGUUCCUCCCGCGAAGCCCUGUCUGAGGCUGGUGUCGAUGAUGAGCGCCGUCGCCGCAAGAAGCGUUCCUCUAAACACCGCAGCUCCAGCAACGGAGAUGAACUGGAAGAUGCGUCUGACAAGGAGAAGGAUGCUGAGGAUGGCACGAAUCUGGAGGAUUACAGGUCUAGUAGACAGCGCAAGGAAGAGCGACGUCGGCAUCGGUACGAGGAAAUUGUGGAUUCAGGACGGAAACGGGAUUCUGAGAAGGACCAUAAUGACGACUACGACAAUCAAUCUUUUUUAAACGAGCGCCCCGAAACGCCAGCCGCGGCUGAGCGCGAUGAUGAUGUACGUGGUGCUUCGGGGCUCCCAGCAUCGGCAGCAGAAACUGCUCUCGGUGCAGCUGCAGGCCUAGGCUUAGGCGAGAUUUUGCAGCAAAGACCCCGGAGCCGCUCGACGUCUCCUCCAAGCGCCGAGAAAGCCCUCGACCUCACGCCCAAGUCUCAGAGCAGACCUGCUUCACCUGAAACAAGCCGAUCCCCCAACGCACGCCGCGGCUCCGUGGCCAAGUCAAUCACCGAGUCUCCAACAGCCGUGCCUCUGCACUUCCGCCGCCCCCCAACAUCACCGGGCCUUCCCCGCGCUGUCCCCGUCGAAGCGCCUAACGUUGAAUCCCCCGGCUCACCAAGCCAACAGCGCCACCGCCGUCCUGGCUCAGUCGAGUUCCGCAAUUCCCGCGAGAUCAGGCCGCUGUGGUUAGUUGAGCGCCAUAGCUCUGUCAAGGGCGAGGCUGAGCCUCAAGAGGGAUUGCCCUCGCUCCCGUCCAGCAAAACCUCUUCCCGUGUCCCAUCCAUUGAAGACCUGAAGGCCCUCAAUGACGAUGAUGCUGUUCGGACCUGGGAGCAGGUGGACCUGAGUCACUCGAUUAUGGAGAACCGUCGACCUACCGGUCUGACAAUCGAAACCGAUCACGCUAACGAGAACCAUCAUCGCGAGAUUGAUCUCCUCGACUCGCAGCAGGCUACUCCUACUGCUGAGCACUUCGAGAGUUCUAGCCACUCCGCUAAGAAGGAGAAGCUCAAAUAUGAGUUCCAUUCUCCUUCUGAGCUUUUACGGAACCCUGACAACUUCGAGCCGUUGCCUGGCUCGCCUACUUUGGAGGCUCUUCCUUCUGCCGAGGGGUCAGUGAUUGGUCCUAAGAACAAGGAGGUUGAGGAGAAACCUGCUGAGCAGGAGGCUUGGCUUGAGUCUGAAAUUCCCACCUGGGAGAAGGAGCCCCUCCCUAGUGGUGGCGAUGUUGCCAAGGCCGCUGGCUUCGCUGGUAUAGUCGAUGCAGCUGCCAUCGCCGCCGUGAAGAAGAAGGAGAACCAACACUCCGCCGAACACGCAGAAGACUCUGAACCUCCCGCGCUGCCAGAAGCUGAAACGGAAGCUGCCGCCGCUGAGCCCAAGGUUCACGGCUUCGGCGAUAUCGUCGACGCAGCUGUUGCAACAGAAGUUGCUUCGCACGACAAGGCACCCGCCGACGAAGAGAUCGGAGAACCGGGCACUGCAAUCGAAGAGAAUGCACCCGUCCAACUCGAGUCUACACAGCCAGUUGAGGCAGCAAAGGAGAUAAUAGAAGGACCCAUCCCUGAACCGAUAGAAGAGUCUGCUGGGCCUGCUGACACUGAGACUGCCGAAGAGACUGCCAUGACUCCGGCUCAGAAGCGCAAGGCCAAGAAGAACAAGAAGAAGAAUAAGAGUCAGGGUCAGAGUGUUGACUUUGUUCCUGAAGAGACUGCUCCUGUUGUUCAAGAGGAUGCUUCUAAGGAGAUUAAGCAAACGCCUGUUGCCGAGACGCCUGCUGUUCAAGAUGCUCCCGUUGAGGUGGACACUACUCCGGUUGAUCCGGAGGCCGUUGCUCCUGCGCAAAAAGAUGUUCCUGAGACUGCUCAACCCGAAGCUGAAGCCGAGCCCGUUGAAGCGCCCCGCGAGAUUGUGGCGGAGCCUGAGAUCUCACCUGAGCCUGAAGUUCCUGCGCCCUCUGCGGAUGAAGAUGCUACCGCUCAGCAGCCCGCCGAAACUGAGCCCGCUGAAGCAUCUCGCGACCUUGGACUUGAUUCUUCUGCAGCUGUUGCUGAGACUUUCGAGCAUGUUACUGCGCCAGAGCCUGAGGCCGAGCCCGAAGUUGCUUUGACGGCUGCCCAGAAGAAGAAGGCUAAGAAGGACAAGAAGAAGAAGAACAAGUCCAAGGACGCUUCUGCUGAAGAGCCUGCUGAUGAUGUGGCUACUUCUCAACCUCAGGAUGAGGUUGUUGCUUCUACCAAGAUACCCAAGCAAGAGGAGACUGUACCCAGCGCCGAAGAGCCUGUCCUACCAGCAGAGGGCUCGGACAAGAACAUCGAGGAGCAGGAAGCCACAGAGCCUGUCUUCACCGAUGCCAAUGAGACUGCGGUCCCUGAGACUACGCAACCGGCAGGCGAGGAAGUAUCUCGAAGCCUGCAAGACAUCGAUAGGCCAGUUGAAGAAGCAACCCUCGUAGCUUCGGAGGAUCUCACCGCCCCUGCAGUCACCGAACCAACCAAAGAAGACUCAGAAGGCGAGGACAACUUUCAGGAAGCCGUUGAAGAGCAAGCCCCUCAGCCCGUCGAAGAGAAGGAGCCCGAGGUUGCACCGGAGCCCACAGCAGAGCUUGUGUCCGAGCCUGCUGCUGAGCCUGCCGCUGAGUCGGCCUCGGAAAUUCCAGCCAACAUGCCCGCAGAAGCCCCCGCAGAGCCCCAGGAGACAAAGGCUCAGAAAAAGAAGAACAAGAAGAAAAACCGCAAAUCUGUCGCUGUCGAAGAGAUCUCAGUUCCCACCGAGGAAGAGCCAACACCUGCCCCUGAGGGCGAAACCGAAGAGUUCAAAUCUGCUUCGACCGAGCCUGCAGAUACCCAGAUUUCUGAAACUAGCGGUGAAGCCUUGCAAACUGAUCCUGAACAACCUGCCAAGGGUCUCGAGCUGCCUUCUGAGACAGCCGCCAAAGAACCUGCUGCUGCACCACAGCAGCAGGAUGUCGCUCCAGCUGAGUCUACCGCCGAUGUUGCCCCUGCUCCAGUUGACAUAGAGGGCCCUACAGGAAAGACUGCUCGUGAAAUCGCCGAGCCAGCUGCCGUUGAGACUCAGCCUGAAGCCCAGCCUGAGACCGCCGCUGAACCUGAACCUGAAUCUCAACCUCAACCCGAAGCUGAGGCAGAGGCCGAGGCCGAGCCCGAGGUUGCCUUGACUGCUGCGCAGAAGAAGAAGGCCAAGAAGGACAAGAAAAAGAAGAACAAGCAGAGCCAAUCUUCUGUUCCUGAUGGGGAACAGCCUGCUGAGUCUGCACCUACUGAGCCUUCUUCGCCGGCACCUGAGGCUGUACCUGCGGCCGAGCCUACUGCUAAGGAGGUCUCUUCGGUGCCAGAAGAGGUGUUGGCUGGUGUGGCGCCUCAAGAUACUGAGAAGGGGGUGCACAUUGAGUCUGAGCAGUCUGUUGAGCAUGAGCAACCCGCCGAGCUCGAAAAGAUUGUUGAGCCAGAGCAGCCUCAAGAAGAAGGAGCUCCCGCCUCCAUCCUGGAGCCCACCGUAGAGGAGACAACCGCAGAGAUUUCGAAGGAAGAGCCCGCAGAACAGGAGGAACAGGUCCAAGCAGAAGAAACCCCUGUCGAACCCGAGGUCCCCAUGACUGCAGCCCAGAGAAAGAAGGCCAAGAAGGCCGCGAAAAAGAAACAGGAGGAAGAAGCGGCCCUCGCUGCUGCUUCUGACAAUGCCAACCCUGCCGAGUCUGAGCCCGUACCCGAGGCUGAAUCUACUGAGACUCCUGCUCCGGUGGAGUACCCCGCAGUGGUGGAAGAUAAGCCUGCUGAGAUUGAACAAGACGCUGCGCCUGCGGCUGAAAUUGAGGCUCCUACCACCGAGGAAACACCCUUGCCAGCGGACGCUGAGGUCGCCGAGUCAAGCCAAGACCUCAAGCCCUCCACCGAGGAUGUGCCCGCGGUAGCCGACGUCGAGCCUGCUGAGGCUAGUGCUGAUGUUGUUCCUGCAUCCGAGGAAGCUCCUGUCCCUGCUGAUGUACCCCAAUCUGAGGAGCCAAAGUCCGAAGAUGCAACCCUAGCACCUGCUGAAGAAGCCACACCCGCAGCUGUUGAGACUGAAACUCCUCAAGAGCCAGAAGCACCAGCAGAGCCCGAGGUGCCAAUGACUGCCGCCGAGAAGAAGAAAGCCAAGAAGAACAAGAAGAAGCAGCAGCAGCAAAAGCAGUCUGAGUCUGCUCCCGCAGAGGAUGCUGCCCCUUUAGUCGAGGAGACAAAGGCCACCGAAGAAGCCACCGUCCCUGUGCCAACUCCGACUGAGGCAGCACCUGAAGUUGAAACCGAGACCACAGCCCAAGAGGAGCAAACCCAGGAUACUCCUGCUCUCGACAAGGAAGCUCCGACAGAGUCGGUCUCCGAUGAGACUGUUGCUGCUCCCGAACCCUCCGAAGAAGCUACCGAUAUUCAGGCUGUAGCUCAAGAGACUGCUCCAGAGGCCGCGGCCGAACCAGCUGCCCCUGUGGAAAAUUUCCAGGAAGAGCAGAAAGCCGAUGCUGCUUUGGAACAGCCUUCGGAGGAGAAGUCCACAGAUGACAAGGAGCCGAUCGCUGAGGAGACUCCAAUCGCAGAAUCUAUCGAGGCUGCAGCACCAGAGGAGGCCGCCCUGACUCCAGCUCAGAAGCGAAAGGCUAAGAAGGACAAGAAAAAGAACAAGGGCCUCUCAGCUACCCCUGAAGAACAGCAGCCUGUACCCGCUGAAGAGGACUCAAAGCCUACGCCUGUGGAGGAAGAACCCACGCCUACUCCUGCCGAGGAGCGCGCGGAGCCUACCAGCGAACCACCCUCCACUGACAAAGAGGUUGAGCCCCCUGCCCCGACAGAGGAAGCGAGCCCCGAGGAGGCAUCCCCAGAGACUUUGCAACAGGAUGCCCCCGCCGAUGCAGCCGCAGCUGAGGCCGCUGAAGACGCCGCGAUGGCUCCAGCUCAAAAGCGCAAGUCCAAGAAAGACAAGAAGAAGCGACAGUCCCUUGCCGCUGAAGAGUUACAAGCUACGCCUAUAGAGGAAGAGCCCAAGUCUGUGCCUGCUGAAAAAAUGGUAGAGCCUACACCUCCGGCAGAGUCUACAGAGCCUGCGCCCCCCCAGGAUGUUGAGCAACCUGCCAAUGACAAGGAGAUCGAAUCUCCUACCGUGGUAGAGGAAGCGAAGCCUGAGGAAUCGUUACCUGAGAACACCCAAAAUGAUGCCCCUCCCGAUGAAGCGGCAAUUGAGGCUGCUGAAGAAGCUGCGAUGACACCCGCCCAAAAGCGGAAGGCCAAGAAAGACAAGAAGAAGCGCCAGUCUCUUGCCGUUGAGGAACAUCAGCCCGUAGCCGCUGAGGAAGAGGUAAAGGACACGCCUGUUGAAGACGGUCUAAAGGGUGUGUCCACUGCAGAAGCCACGGAGGCUAAUCCAGCAGAGACGACAGAGCUUGCGCCAGCUCAGGAGAUUGAGCAGCCUACUCUUGAGAAAGAUGCCGAACCCCCUGUUGUGACCGAAGAACUCCCUAAUGCCGAGGAGCCUUCACCAGAGGAGAGCAUUUCGCAAGAUGCUCCUGCGGAUACAGCAGCCGCCGAGGCUGCCGAAGAAGCUACCAUGACUCCCGCUCAGAAGCGCAAGGCCAAGAAAGACAAGAAGAAGCGCCAGUCACUUGCUGCUGAAGAACAGCAGACUGCGCCGCCUGAGGAGCUACCUGCAGCUAGUGAGGAGGAGACCAAAGCUGCACCCGCCGAAGAUGUGUCCGCCGAGCCUGCACCAAGCCAGGACAAUGAGCAACCUGCUUUGGCUGAGGAUGUUGAGGCUCUUGUGGCCACAGAAGAAGCGACAAAACCAGAGGAGCCCUCGCCAGAAGAAAGUACCCAGCAGGAUUUCCCCGCUGACACCGCCACACCGGACGCUGUGGAGGAGGAAGCAAUGACCCCCGCUCAAAAGCGCAAGGCCAAGAAAGACAAGAAAAAGAAUCGAAAGUCUGUCGCUUGGGGUGAUGAGGAAACUGCUUCGCAGGCCGACGACUCUAAGCGUGAACAGGACUCUCCUGUCCCCGAAGAAAAAACCGAUUCGCAGGAUCCUUCGGCCGAACCUACUGUCACUUCUGAAGAUGCCGCCAAGGAACUUGCCGUUGCCGAAGAAGUGGCCGAAGCUGUCACUGACAAGGAUGUCUCAUUACUCGAGACCCCUGCGUCGGGCGAGCCAGAGAAGACAGAGGUGGUUGCUCCAUCUGAAGAAGCCAAGGAGAUUACUGAGCAGGAACCCUCUACCCCUGGAAAGCCCGAGGAGGAAUCCAAGCCUGCGUCAGAUCCUCAGUCACCCAGUGGACAAGAUGCUGAAGCACAGGCCGAGGCUGGAAUGACAGCAAAGGAGCGUCGCAAGGCAAAGAAGAACAAGAAGAAGGGCAAGUCUGUUGACUUGACCGACGACGCCCCCGUUGAAAAAGAGGCCGCACCCGAGGCUCCUGCUGAGACACCUGCCGAUACGCCAGCAGAGCCAACACCGGGCCCCGAGGAGGAGAAGGGCGUCGAUCCUGAGACCCCCAAGGCAGAGGAACCCGCGACAGUUGAGCCUGCAACCGAAGAUGCUCCAAAGGAGGAGAACGCCGACCAGCAUCCUGCCACCAAGACCACAACCGAGAUCGAGCCAGUCCCAUCACCAGCCGAGCCAGCGGAAGAGGUUGAAAUGUCAGCCAAGGAGCGCCGCAAAGCAAAGAAGGCCAAGAAACGCCAGUCCAAGAAUGUCGACGCCGAUAAUGACGCCUCUUCCGCGCCGCCAACCGAGCCUGGCACGCCCGGUGAACCUGCUGACAGCGUCGAAAAAGUCCUUACCUCCACGGACACCCCGGGACUCUCAGCCGUGACGGCAACCUCGCCUGCGGAACAUGACGGUAAAGAACAUCAGUCCCACGACAUAGAAACUCACGCCGCGGCGAAAGAAAUGGCUUCGACUGAUGAAUUCAUGUCUUCGCAGGUAGAGCAGCCUCAGAUAGAGAGUCCUUUUUUAGAUUAUCCUCCCCAGCCCGUGCUUGAGCGUUCAGUUAAUUCCGGCGAGUUGGAGGAGGUACUUGCUCCGGAGCAGGAUAACGAACCCCCUGCUAUCCAUGAGCCUGAACUAUUGACAAAGGAGGAAGACCUUGAAGGUGAAGGUCAGAAGGAAGAUGGUGAGAAGCCACAGGAGGAGUUGGUUGAACAUGCACCUAGUGCAGGGGAGAUGUCGUCUGUGCCGGAAGCAGACUAUCUCUCUGGAGAGAAGGCUAUUGAAGAGACGCCUGUGGAUGUGCCGGAGGAAGUUGUCCCUGAGGCACAGACGGGGGAAGCUCCCGCGGAAGAGGAGACUUCAGAGACAGCUUUGUCGAAGAAGCAGAAAAAGAAAAACAAGAAAAAAAACAGAAAGCAAGAGGAGGACAUAGUCGAGGAGGAAGCUCCAGCACCCGAGCUUGAAGCCGCUAUCACAGAGGAAAAGGAACAGCCUGAAGCUGUGAAUUUGGCCGAGUCUGGAUCGGUACCGGAGCCAGAGGAGAAGACAGCAACCGAGCCUGAGCCUGUUGCGGAGACCGAAACAGUGUCAGCCUCCGAGGAGCAAUCCACUGACCAGCCGAAGGAUACCGAAGAACCUUCCGCGGUCAAGCCAAUCGAGGCCGUUGAAGCUACCAAUGAGCGCACUGUCCUGGAGGCUGAACCCGUUGCCCCUGGCAGUGAAGAACCUGAAUCAGCACCUAUCACCAAACCGAGCAAGAAAGACAAGAAGAAGCAGCGCCAAUUGCUCCUUGCUCAGGAAGCUGAAGCUAAGCAGCAGCCUGAAGAACAGCCAGCUCCCGAGGCUAGUGAGGCUGCUGCCCCGGAAUCUGAUAUUGCAACGGAUGUUGCGACUGCCGAUGAAAAGACGCAGGAUGAACCUGUUGCUUACGCAGAGGAAAUUACUGUGAAGCCUACUGAUGUCACCGAGGAGACUGCUAAGGAUAUUGAGCCGUCACCCCUGGAGGCUGAAGGGCCAGUUCCAACUCAAGAGCCCGAAAGCGGAGAGCGCUCAAUCGAACUUCCGUCAGACGAUCUGAAGACAGAGGAGAUCGUGCAAGAACCUGCCACCGAGACCGCAGCAGAGAACAUGAGUGCUGAGAAACCCUCCGAACAAGCUUUGGCUGAGGCCGCCAUUGAGCCCGAGCCUGAGGCGCCCACUACCUUCAAGAAAUUGAGCAAGAAGGAGAGGAAGAAGGCCGCAGCCGCCGCCGCAGCCGCCGCCACUCUGCUCGAGGAGGAGAAUAGCGACAAGGGAUUGCCUGCAGCUGAAGAGCCAUUAUCCUCUGUGCCGCAAGCCCCAGAGGAGCCCACCGAACAACCAACUGGUGAUCUGCAAUCCACAGAAGCUCGCGAUAAGCCCCAGCCCGAGCCAGAAAAGGACCUUGACGAGGCACAGGAACUGGCAGCUUUCGAUCCAAAAGAUGACGAACCUGCUGAGCAGCAGGCUGUCGAGGCUCCCGAAAACACGAAGCCUCUCGCGCCAGAGGUGAGCCCCGAGCAGCCCAUAAAAGAGCCCACCGAAGAGCCAAUUGUUGCUGAAACCAUCUCUCGCAAACUGUCAAAGAAAGAGAAGAAAAAGGCCAAGAAGCAAGAACAGCAAGAACUGAUCGAGUCGACUUCUCUUGCCGAGGAAUCUGUUCCCGCUCCCGAGCCUGAAACAACAGAGGCUGUUCACGAAAAAAGCACCAAGGUGCUCUCUGCUCCGGAGCCGGAGUCUCUCGCUCAGGAGACCUCUCAGGAGGCCUCCCAGGAGACUCCUGUUGAGCUCGAGUCCGAGAGUAUUGCAUUGGAAGACAAGCAACCACUGGAGAGCGAGAAAGACCAUGAGUUUGUCUCCCAGGAUCUAUCCAAUGAGCCCGAGCCCGCAGAAGCCGUGGUCCAGGAACAGACAACCUUUGACCAGCCCGCUGCAGCUGAGGAAAAGAAUGUUGAGGAGGACGUUGAAGUCGCUGGGCCUCCCACGCAAGAACUCGAAAAAGCAGCUGAUCCCGAAGAUCAGCCCGUGGGAUCUGAAGUGACACCCGCUUUGUCCAAGAAGAUGUCGAAGAAGGACAAGCGCAAGGCCAAGAAGAAGGGUGUUGCCGACGAGCCCAAAGAGAUAGACAGCCAGCCAGCGGAAGCUGUGUUUGAGCCCGAAGCUCCACGCGAACUUGACUUUGCCGCAAACCCUACACUAGUUGCAGAGCGAGAGCUGCCGAUUGAUGCUCCAUCUGCAACUGAAGAGCAACCCGCACCUGCACCCGAGGCUGAGUCUGAGACUGUACUUGGUCCUACGCAGGCUGAGCCAGAGCAUGUUACCGAGGAAGAAACUUCUCUUUCACGCAAAGCUACCAAGAAGAAGGCGAAGAAGGCUAAAAAGACUAGCCAAGGAUUGGAUUUUGAGCCACAGACUGAGGUCCAGAAUGAGACAGAUCAAGCCGCCAUCGCGCCGUUUGAAGAUGACGCCUUCAAGCCUCGAGACACCGAGCUUGCGGAUGCACCUGUCGAAAAGGCAAACCAGGAAGACGAAAACUGGCCCGCGAUUGACUGGGAACAUGCAAAAGGUGAACAUGCGCAGCAAUUUCGGGACACAAUUCCUGAGCCUGAGUCCGAGCCUGUGAUCCCAUCAAACCCCGAGACUAUUGGGGAAUUUGAGGAUUCUACAACCCCCAAAGAUCUGCAGGGACCUACAGAACCUGCCGAAGAAGACGCUCGGUCUGCGCCGCUGAGCAAGAAAGACAAGAAGAAGGCCAAUAAGAACAAGAAGCAAUCGCAGCAAGCAGAUCUUGAGGAAUCUGAACCCUUGCCUCUGAUCUCCUAUGACAAAGGCGUUCAGGGAACCACCCCCGAAAGUCUACAAGAACCUACAGAGACCAAGGAGAUCGAACCCCCCGUCCGGACAACUACACCUGGGGGUUCUAAGAUUGCCAAUCUGUUCCCCGGAUUGGAGCGCGGUGGAUUCAAGCGGCCAACUCUGGACAAGCAAAUACCGUCGCUAAAAGAUAGUGCUGAGGAAGAGACAACAGCGGGAGCCAGUCGCGGCAUUGCUAUCCCUGUCUUGGAAGCACCCAGACCGACGACUGAAGUCACAGAGGUUGCCAAAAAUACCAGUGGCGAACUACCCAGCAGUCUCCAAAGGCAAAUCGAAUCUUCAAUCUCGCAUGACGAGCCCCUAGCCGAAGUUACUACAGCUACGGAAGGACAAUCAAGGGAGCUAGACUUCUCGGUGCAUGGCGAGAAGUCCUUGGAUGCGCCAUUCUCGCUGCCAGAGCCCUCUAACGAGCCGUCUUCUCCUGCCAAGAACCUCGUAUCUCAGGUGGCAGCCGGUGAAGACCUGUCUGGACUGCGUCGUUCACCAUCAAUCCAUGGACGACACGAAAAGACGCCUCGGACGUGGAGCUUGGAUGAGCCCUCUGUACCAGCUCUCGCUCCAUCCCCACCUCGGUCGCUCUUCGGCCCUGACGAUGUCUACACUCGACCCCGUACACCGCUUGAUACAAUCGCGGAACAAGAACCAAGGGAUGGCCAUGGAGCAACCACGGGUCGCCGCGGGACGCCCCGUCUGGAGAUCAAACCCGAACAUGUUCUUCCACGACCUCAAACUCCUGUUCGCAAGUUCACAGAUACUGCCUUUGACCGGGAGUCGUGGCCUACGCCCGAAAACGAGAGCCGAAAGGGCUCCCGGGAAGAUCUGAAACGCGAAAUUACAAAAACGCCCGAGCAGGUCUUAAAGCCCAGCACCAGCAGCGGUAAGCUGCGUCGGACAAAUCGCAGCACUAGCGGCGAUCUGCGGGCGGCUAGUCUUGCAGGUUCCCAGCCUUCGGACCUUGAUCAGCUUCCCUCUUCUUCCUCUUACGACCCCGUCACUGACAAGGGCAAACGUCCGGUGCGCAAUAUGUCGGAUGUCUAUGAGGGAUGGGGUGAGACUCCCAGCUCCCCACGGUCGCCCAGCCGACCGCCUAGUGUCCGUCGUCGCCGCAGCAUGCAACACUUGCAAGAUAUCGAAACCCGUCUCGACCAACUCAUUUCUGAAAACCGUCUACUCAUCGCUGCCCGCGAUGAAGCCGAAUACAACUUAAAACACUCUAGCGUCGCUCGCCGAAAGAGCGACCGGGCACUCAACACCCGCGAUAGCGACCUGCGCGACAAGGAAGCCGAAGUGGAACAAUUGAAGAGCUCGGUGGAGUGGCUGCAGAAGGAGACAACCCGUCUGUCCCAGGAGAAUGAAGGGUUAGCAGCGUCCAAUGCUGCCCUCGCCGCCGCCCACGCUGCCGAAGUGAACAAUGUCCGCGAAUCCUCCACGCGCGAACUCGAGGACCUACGGUCGCAACACACUCAGCUUUCGUCCCAGGUGGAUGAUCGAGUCCGACAAGAGAUUGAAACAGCUCUUGCACAAAAAGACAUUGAGUUGCGUCGUCUUCGCACCGAACUUGAGGAGACUCGCGACAAGGUCAAGGAGCUACAACAACAAAUCUCAGCGUCAGUUCAUGACAAUGCUCUCGUCUUCCGAGACGAAGAAUACUUCGACGCUGCCUGCCAGAAGCUCUGCGGCCACGUCCAAUCUUGGGUGCUGCGCUUCUCCAAGCACAACGACAAACGUCGAUGCCGCUCGCUCAGUGAGUUGCACGACGAGAAGAUCGCAGACCGGUUCGACAACGCCCUUCUGGACGGUUCCGAUCCGGAUGCAUACCUUUCCGACCGUGUUCGUCGCCGCGAUGUCUUCAUGUCGGUGAUAAUGACCAUGGUCUGGGAAUACGUUUUCACUCGCUACCUGUUUGGUAUGGAUCGCGAGCAACGUCAAAAGCUCAAGUCUCUUGAGAAACAACUGGGUGAAGUUGGCCCAAGCCGCGCUGUCCACCGCUGGCGAGCCACCACCCUUACCCUUCUUUCCCGGAGACCAGCCUUUGCCGCUCAGCGCGAGAGCGACACAGAGGCUGUCACCUUGGAGAUCUUCAAGACCCUGUCCAAGGUCCUCCCUCCCCCCUCCCACGUUGAGUCGCAGCUCUUGGACAGCCUUCGCAAGAUUAUGCGAGUAGCAGUUAACCUGUCCCUGGAGAUGCGCACUCAGCUGGCUGAGUUCAUUAUGCUCCCGCCCUUGCAGCCUGAGUACGAUACCAAUGGCGACCUUGCACGGCAGGUGUAUUUCAAUGCUGCAUUGAUGAAUGAGCGGAGUGGUCUCACCAACGACAAUGGCGAGCUGGAAGCCCAGCAGUCUGUUGUUCGCAUCGUGCUCUUCCCUCUCGUCGUCAAAAAGGGCAAUGAUGUGGGGGAGGGCGAUGACGAAGUUGUCGUCUGUCCCGCUCAGGUCCUCAUUGCCCGUCCUGGCAAAGACAAGAGAGUAUCAAGGAUGACCAGUGGGGAUCGUAUGUCGAUAGAUGCCACCAAGUCGGUCCACAGCAUGGCACCAUCGUCUAUGAUGGACGUGAGUAAUAUGAUCUGA